AUGUCGGACGCGCCGGCGAGCCCGCCGGGCGGCGGAGGAGGCGGCGACGGCGGCGGCUUCGGCGGCGUCAGGGAGCAGGACAGGUUCCUGCACAUCGCCAACAUCAGCAGCAUCAUGAAGAAGGCCAUCCUGGCCAACGACAAGAUCGCCAAGGAUGCCAAGGAGACCUUGCGGGAGGCGAGCGACAAGUGCCAGAGGGAGAAGCUCAAGACCAUUAACAUCGACGAGCUGCUCUGGGCGAUGGCCACGCUAGGCUUUCAAGAGCACAUUGAGCCCCUCAAGGUUUAUCUACAGAAGUACAGAGAGGUUGCUGACUUUGGUCUGGCCAAGAUCCAACACGAAGACGACACAGCCAUGUCUGUUUACAUGGCGGACCGGUCCACAGAUGUUUUCUUCAUGCAACAGUUUAAGUUGCUUCCAAUUAAAUCUGCUGACAAGGUGGUGAACCUGCUGUUCGAGAAGAGGCUGAAGUUUUGGCAUCGGUGGAGGCCGAAGAGGAUCUGCAAGGAUCUCAGCAGCAUCGGCGACACUGGGAUGCUGAAUACCAUUAUUAUCUCUGUCACCAAGGAGGGUGCCAAGUUCUCCACUGCUGGAGACAUUCGAACUGCAAACAUCAUUUGCAGGCAGAACAAGACUGUUGACAAGGAGACUGCAGCAGAAGCAGAGAAGACGGAUGCUACACCAAUCCAAGAGUAG